AAAUUUAUGUCGCUCAGUUCAGCCCCUGGAGUAUUUUGUUUCCAUCCAUCCAUUUUUCUGUGACAAAUUUCUUUGUCCCAUAAGGGAUUUGUAGCUUCCCAGUGUGUGUGUGUCAUUAUUUUUGUCAGGAAAGCACGCACAGACACACUCGGCAGCCUCCUCCCUACACGCACUCCCACACCGCAAACUCUGGAAUGUUAUCGUGCACGCGCAUGCUGUCUUAAUUUGGAUUCGGCCACACAAGCACGCGCACACAAUGCUCAUGAGAUUCUGUAGGGAGUCAAUUGAUGUUUUCCUGUCAGUCUUUCUCAAAACGCAAGUCAAGAAUUCAGUGGCGAGGCCAAAACAGUACGUGGACUAGCUGGAUCCGGAAGAAAUGCUCCAGCGCUUGCAUGCUCUCGAAUGAGCUUGGUGGUGAGCAAAACAGGAAGUGUUGGUCAGGGUUUGGUGAGCUGGAAUGUUCCAGAUGUGUCCACAUUGUGGUGCGGGAGCGACCCACCCACCCCUGGCGGUGACGACCUCACGUGCGCGAGCUGCUAGCUGCAAAGUCAAGCAAAGGGCAUUUAGAAUAAAAAGGAAAUUCACAAUGUACCAUCACAGGUAAACUAUUUCAGAACAUUGCUGCAGGCUACUCAUUUAGCGUGGACGAUUUUGGAAAAAGAUAGGGUGUGUAAAUGAAUGGUAAUUUUUUUUUUCAUCCAAAAAUGCAGAACCACAACAACAACAAAAAUUGCAUCACAAAAAGUAAAGUGAGACUGCAACAGACUGAGGGGCGGAGCUGGAACAAUGUACAAAUUGCAUCAAGUUGGGAAAAACAAUGACAAAAAUACAUGAUUUUUUCCAACUCGGAGGAAAAAGUAGUUGCAAUAUCAGAACUCAUGAAAAAUAUUGGUGUAUAGGCGAAUAAAUAUAUUUGUAUAUCAAUAUUUUUUACCAAUUAUGAUUUUGUUUAUUAGUCUACAUAUUUAAAAACUAUGUCGUGUUAUAAGGAAGGAGUAGAACUACAAAUUUUCAUUCCUUGCAACUACUUUUUGCUUGGUUGUUCUUUUCUCGUGUGAUUUCCACACGUUUGAAAGAAAUCAUUCAUUCAAACUUCGAUGGUUUGACAGACUGACAGAUAGCCCCUCCCCCGAGAAGGAGGGGGGCGCUCGUGCGCGCCACAUGCGCAUGCCCGCCGUCUCUCUCUCUCUCCUUUCAGUCACUCACAAAUGAUGACGAUGAGGACGAACCUCGUCGCGCACAAGUGAAGCAAGACAAGAAAAAGAAAAGAAACAAACCCGAGUGGAUGUUUUGUCGUCCGGCGCGCGCUUGGCAUCGUGGCAGCUGAUUGGACGACGGUCAGUUUGUGGGCACGGGAAGUGGCACCCGCACGCUUGUUGGACACAAGAUGGCGCUGUGCGGCCGCCUGCUGCUGCUGCCGUUGGUGCUCAUGGUUCUACUUCCGGUGACGCGGCCACGCCCCUCCACCGCUCACCACCGCCCACCCGCAGUCGAUCUGGAGACUGUAUCGUCUGAGGAUGAGGAGGAUGAAGACGAAGGCGAAGACGAGUCGUCAUCGGAGGAAAACGAGCACGCCGACGAUGUGACAAGCAGCAAGGAAAACACGCCGCAGCCGCAGCAGCAGCAGCAGCCGUCGUCGUUAGCGUCGCCGCCCGGCUGGUCGUCUCCCGGCAUGGCGAAGACGAUCUAUGCCCUUCCCGCCAGCCACGUGGCCAAAUUCCGUUGCCGGGCAACGGGAAACCCCACCCCUACGCUCGACUGGUACAAAAACGGAAAAGAUGUCAGACAACUGCAAAGACUUGGCGGCUUCAAGAUCAAACAACGCGCGUGGACACUCACCCUGGAGACGGUGUUGCCUUCAGACAAAGGAAACUACACGUGUGCGGCACACAACACGCACGGACGCAUUGAACGCCACUUUGUGCUGGACGUCGUGGAGCGCCUGGCUCACAGGCCCCUCCUCAAGGCCGGCCUUCCGGCCAAUCAGACGGCGGUGGCGGGCGCCCGCGUGGAGUUCGCCUGCAGCGUCUUCAGCGACCCGCAGCCUCAUGUGAAGUGGAUCAAAGUGGACAACGCGAGCCGCCUCGUCGGACCCCACGAACUGCCCGAUGGCCCCGUCGUCAAGGACGCGUGGGACGAAGACCCGCAGGUCCUGACGCUGACCAAAGUGAGCGCCGCCGACGCCGGCGAGUAUGCGUGCGUCGCCGAAAACGAAAUGGGCAUCUCGUACCAGUCGGCCUGGCUCACCGUGCUGGAGAGCCCGCAACUUUCCCACAGCUACGCUCAGAUUUUCUUCUACUGCAUGGGCUUCUUCAUCGCCGUCACGGUGACCUUCACCGUCGUCAUCUGCAAGCUGUGCUCCGCCCCCGGGAAGGGCGUCGCCCCCGGCAACCAGCUGGCCGUCCACAAGCUCGCCAAGAGGGUGGCGCUCAAGAGACAGGUGUCUCUGGUGUCUUCGUCGUCCAUCUGCUCCAAGAAGUCUUCCGUGUGUCCGUCUUGUCCUUCCAGCGGGACCACCGCCGGCACGCCCACCGCGUCCGCCGACUACCAGCUGCCGUACGACCUUCAAUGGGAACUUCCUCGUGAAAGGCUGACGCUGGGCAAGCCACUGGGCGAGGGUUGCUUCGGCCAGGUGACCUUGGCCGAGGCCAUCGGCCUGGACAGGGAACGCCCGACAUGUGUCACUAAGGUGGCGGUGAAGAUGCUGAAAGCGGACGCCAGCGACAAGGACCUGAUGGACCUCGUCUCCGAGAUGGAGUUGAUGAAGAUGAUCGGACGCCACAAGAACAUCAUCAACCUGAUUGGCGCCUGCACGCGCGACGGGCCGCUGUACGUGGUGGUGGAGUACGCCGCCCGGGGUAACCUCAGGGAGCAUCUCCGCGCACAUCGCCCGCCCGAUUCCGAAUACUGGCGCCAUUCAGCCGAGAUGCCGCGGGGCGGCCUGGAUCUCCAAGAUCUGGUGUCUGCGGCGUACCAGGUGGGCCGCGGAAUGGCCUACCUGGCAUCAAAGAAGUGCGUCCACAGAGACUUGGCGGCCCGUAACGUUUUGGUCACGCAAGACCUCGUCAUGAAGAUCGCAGACUUCGGCCUGGCCAGAGACGUGCACCACUUGGACUACUACAAGAAGACCACCAACGUGAGAA